AUGAGUGAUCUACAUGGCGCAGAUGCUAGCGCUCGCGGCUCGGGGCCUGCCAGGGCAAUUGGCGACGAGCUAUCAACGACAUGCCCAACGGCAUCUACUCCACGACUCCGAGAGCCGCAAGAACCACACACGGAUCCUGGGGACAGCGCUAGCGGCAAGUUACCACGGCAACUCACAGACUAUACUUCUCGGGUCACUGACUCGAACCUCGAGACGCCAUCCUUUCCAUUUCACGUGUUCCUUUACGGGCCCCUGAUGGAUACAGAUGUGCUGCAAGCUGUUGUCGGCAUCGCGCGCAGGCCAACACUCCAUUCCGGGUACAUUCAAGGAUGGCGGGUACGGAUGUACGAUACGCACCCUGCAAUCGUACCGCAGACGACGCUUGGACAAGGAGGGGACGAUGUGGUGGCUGGCGUGGUGUGGGAGUGCCGUUCGCCGAAACAGCUCGCGCGGCUGCGGGAGUACGAGACCGAAGCCUACACGUUGUGCUCCUGCGAGGUUAUCUUGGAAGGCGAAAGGACGGCACUGAAGAACAGCAAAGUGUUCUGCUGGGCCGGCCAUUCGGACAGUGAGGAGUUGACAGAUGGGUGGUUCGAUCUGGGUUGGUAUAGGGAGCACAUGAAGCCUGCGUUUGUGUGCGAUUAG